AUGGACACUCAAUCUGAAGUAUUGCUUGUCAACAGGGAAUGCACUGUCGGGCGACGAAAAGGUAAAAUUACUAUCCCACACAGUGACACUAACACAGUUACUUCACCAUAUUGUUAGCUGAGUUUCUCAACUCCAUGAUAUGUAACGUUAGCUACUUGUACAUAUCGUGGAGUUGAGAAACUCCGCUACCAUAUUGUAGGCUAAUUUAUGAAAGAAAUAGAAAGUUAUGCGGUAGGACAAUAACUAACAAUUAUCUAUAAAUUGUCUACCAAAAUGCCAUGUUAUAAAUAUUAAUGAUUAUUGCUUGCACAUUCAUAAUGUGUAAAUAACUUCUAUAAGACACAAACUUUUCAUAAAAGUGUGUGUUUAAAAAAAAAAAAAUAGUUGAACACUUUUAAUUAAGUGUAUGUUGCUUGUUUUGAGGAUCUUGUUUAUAAAUGUCUUGAUGUUUAUAGACAAAUACCAUAUCCUAGACGUGAGAGCCGGGCAGUGUCUGGGCUCUUUAAUAAAAACCAGUUAAUUCAAGGCACAAUACCCCUAGUCUUUAGUUCACCAAACUUAGACACCCCCUCUGAUGAUAACAAAGCCGUCUAUUGAGAACGUGUGCAGAAUAUUAAGUAGGCUAGUUUAUUGUAUGUUUUUUGCCCAAGGAAAGGUUAUAUCUCCUAGGUUUCUGUCUGUGUCUUUCUGCUCUCUUAUAUCGAGUUCCAGGAGUCUGCUUUCCAGUACAAAGAGACUGAGCCUAAUGAGAUAGUAUGUUAUGCAGCGCCCACAAUAUGGUAUAAAAGAAGAAGAGGAAUGCAUCAACAAUAAAUCAGCAUAGUCGUACAAUCUAAAUGUGAUAUUUCCAAGCCCACUCGUGAAGAUAUCAUCAGCCAUGUGGCCAUUGCCUAAAUACUUGUUUUCCUGCUAUUUUUAAAAUAGGUAAUGAGUAGGCCCUACCUGUUCUUGUUUACAGUAACAUGACGUAAACAAAAUGAUGCUUUUUACAUACAAUAUAGCACAAACAGUAGCCUAUCGAGCUUCUUCAAGACAUGUUGAAAAUAGUCAUCUUCGACUAUGUUGUGAUUUUCUUUGCAUUUUAUUAACCAUAAUUUAACUUUUUCUUUCACCAGGCUGUGAUCUUUCCUUUCCUUCUAACAAACUGGUCUCAGGGGAUCACUGUAAGAUAGUGCAAGAUAAGAGCUCAGGGUUGGUGUGGCUGGAGGACACGAGGUAUGAAGGGAGUCUCUUUUUUUCUUCAAGUACUGUAUAGCCUAUAGGCUCAAUGUAGGUCCAUUUGUCAAGCAUCAACUGAUCAAUUAUGAAUGUAUAACAAUGCGAUAAUAUGAUAAUGUAGAGCAUUUUGCUUCUUAGUUAAUUACCGGUAGGCUAAAUAGAUUUUAACCUGGGUUUAUGUUUUAUUGUUAUAGGAAAAUGUAUUAUGCAGAUUGUCUUUGUUUGUAAUCCUGUUUGUAGUGACUGAUCAGUGUAUUUCAUGGUGGAUUGAACAUAUCUCUGCCUGCCCAGCACUGCACAUCACAGUGUAGUCUAAUUUUCAGUGUAAAGCAACCAGCUGGCAAAUGGCACUAACCAUCAAUUAAAGAGGUUGUGUUUUACCAUGCGCUAAUAAGUCAGCAAGGUGAAAGGCAUCUUCUCUACGAGCAUUUCUCUACUGUACACGCAUACUGCAUUAAGGCGUCCGCAUACAUGGGUUCGGUUUGCUCCUAGCAGAACUUGGCUAGGCGACGUGAAUGUCUGUGCUCGCGUACUUCCUUAAAAUACCUUCGGUUGAAAAGAAACCAGAAAAAAGCGGCAAUAUUACUGUUUGUCCCUCUUGAAACGCCAUGGCAACAAGUACACUUCCUCAGAAUAGUCUGAAUUAAUCUAAGAUAACUCAAGAAAUCUAUAAUUAAUUUUGACGUUUUUGCCGAAGGGGUCUUAGUCGUGCAAUUUUACAUCUAACUAAGAUGUUUGGUGCAGUAUUUCUGAAGUAAUAAAACUAGUCGUCUGUCGUUGAAUGACAACAAACACUUUAUUGAAGAAUCCCUACUGUUGACCAAUCACCGAAGGGGCGUACACUUCGGCUACCAAUCUUUGACAAGCCUUAAGAUAAAAAUGUGUGUGCUCGAACAGCCGAAAAAACCCUGCCAAACGCGGCCGGAAAUCCAAAACUUCACAAAAUGUAGUCAUAAUACAGUGGCUUGCGAAAGUAUUCACCCCCUUGGCAUUUUUCCUAUUUUGUUGCCUUACAACCUGGUUUGUAUCAUUUGAUUUACACAACAUGCCUACCACUUUGAAGAUGCAAAAUAUUUUUUAUGUGUGAAACAAACAAGAAAUGAGCCAACAUGAGCGUACAUAACUAUUCACCCCCACAAAGUCAAUACUUUGUAGAGCCACCUUUUACAGCAAUUACAGCUGCAAGUCUCUUGGGGUAUGUCUCUAUAAGCUUGACACAUCUAGCCACUGGGAUUUUUGCCCAUUCUUCAAGGCAAAACUGCUCCAGCUCCUUCAAGUUGGAUGGGUUCCGCUGGUGUACAGCAAUCUUUAAGUCAUACCACAGAUUCUCAAUUGGAUUCCAAGACAUUUAAAUGUUUCCCCUUAAACCACUUGAGUGUUGCUUUAGCAGUAUGCUUAGGGUCAUUGUCCCGCUGGAAGGUGAACCUCCGUCCCAGUCUCAAAUCUCUGAAAGACUGAAACAGGUUUCCCUCAAGAACUUCCCUGUAUUUAGCGCCUUCCAUCAUUCCUUCAAUUCUGACAAGUUUCCCAGUCCCUGCCGAUGAAAAACAUCCCCACAGCAUGAUGCUGCCACCACCAUGCUUCACUGUGGGGAUGGUGUUCUCGGGGUGAUGAGAGGUGUUGGGUUUGCGUCAGACAUAGCGUUUUCCUUGAUGGCCCAAAAAGCUCAAUUUUUUGUCUCAUCUGACCAGAGUACCUUCUUCCAUAUGUUUGGGGAGUCUCCCACAUUCCCUUUGGCGAACACCAAAUGUGUUUGCUUAUUUUUUUCUUUAAGCAAUGGCUUUUUUCUGGCCACUCUUCUGUAAAGCCCAGCUCUGUGGAGUGUACUGCUUAAAGUGGUCCUAUGGACAGACACUCCAGUCUCUGCUGUGGAUCUUUGCAGCCCUUCAGGGUUAUCUUUGGUCUCUUUGUUGCCUCUCUGAUUAAUGCCCUUCUUGCCUGGUCUGUGAGUUUUGGUGGGCGGCCCUCUCUUGGCAGGUUUGUUGUGGUGAAAUAUUCUUUCAAUUUUUUAAUAAUGGAUUUAAUGGUGCUCUGUGGGAUGUUCAAAGUUUCUGAUAUUUUUUUAUAACCCAACUAUGAUCUGUACUUCUCAACAACUUUAUCCCUGACCUGUUUGGAGAGCUCCUUGGUCUUCAUAGUGCCGCUUGCUUGGUGGUGCCCCUUGCUUAGUGGUGUUGCAGACUCUGGGGCCUUUCAGAACAGGUGUAUACAGUUGAAGUCGGAAGUUUAUAUACACCUUAGCCAAAUACAUUUAAACUCAUUUUUUCACAAUUCCUUACAUUUAAUCCUAGUAAACAUUCCCUGUUUUAGGUCAGUUAGGAUCACCACUUUAUUUUAAGAAUGUGAAAUGUCAGAAUAAUAGUAGAGUGAUUUUAUUUCAGCUUUUAUUUCUUUCAUCACAUUCCCAGUGGGUCAGAAGUUUACAUACACUCAAUUAGUAUUUGGUAGCAUUGCCUUUUUUAAAUUGUUUAACUUGGGUCAAACGUUUUGGGUAGCCUUCCACAAGCUUCCCACAAUAAGUUGGGUGAAUUUUGGCCCAUUCCUCCCUGACAGAGCUGGUGUAACUGAGUCAGGGUUGUAGGCCUCCUUGCUCGCACACGCUUUUUCAGUUCUGCCCACAAAUGUUCUAUAGGAUUGUGGUCAGGGCUUUGUGAUGGCCACUCCAAUACCUUGACUUUGUUGUCCUUAAGCCAUUUUGCCACAACUUUGGAAGUAUGCUUGGGGUCAUUGUCCAUUUGGAAGACCCAUUUGCGACCAAGCUUUAACUUCCUGACUGAUGUCUUGAGAUGUUGCUUCAAUAUAUCCACAUUUUUCCUCCAAACAUAACGAUGGUCAUUAUGGCCAAACAGUUCUAUUUUUGUUUAAUCAGACCAGAGGACCUUUCUCCAUAAAGUAAGAUCUUUGUCCCCAUGUGCAAUUGCAAGUCUGGCUUUUUUAUGGAGGUUUUGGAGCAGUGGCUUCUUCCUUGCUGAGCGGCCUUUCAGGUUAUGUCGAUAUAGGACUUGUUUUACUGUGGCUAUAGAUACUUUUGUACCUGUUUCAUCCAGCAUCUUCACAAGGUCCUUUGCUGCUGUUCUGGGAUUGAUUUGCACUUCUGGCACCAAAGUACGUUCAUCUCUAGGAGACAGAACGCGUCUCCUUCCUGAGCGGUUUGACGGCUGCGUGGUCCCAUGGUGUUCAUACUUGCGUACUAUUGUUUGUACAGAUGAACGUGGUACCUUCAGGCGUUUGGAAAUUGCUCCCAAGGAUGAACCAGACUUGUGGAGCUCUACAAUUUUUUUUCUGAGGUCUUGGCUGAUUUCUUUGGAUUUCCCCAUGAUGUCAAGCAAAGAGGCACUGAGUUUGAAGGUAGGCCUUGAAAUACAUCCACAGGUACACCUCCAAUUGACUCAAAUGAUGUCAAUUAGCCUAUCAGAAGCUUUUAAAGCCAUGACAUCAUUUUCUGGAAUUUUCCAAGCUGUUUAUAUGCACAGUCAACUUAGUGUAUGUAAACUUCUGACCCACUGGAAUUGUGAUACAGUGAAAUAUAAGUGAAAUAAUCUGUCUGUAAACAAUUGUUGGAAAAGUUGCUUGUGUCAUGUACAAAGUAGAUGUCCUAACCGACUUGCCAAAACUAUAGUUUGUUAACAAGAAAUUUGUGGAGUGGUUGAAAAACAAGUUUUAAUGACUCCAACCUAAGUGAAUGUAAACUUCCGACUUCAACUGUAUAUACUGAGAUCAUUUGACACUUAGAUUGCACACAGGUGGACUUUAUUUAACUAAUUAUGUGACUUCUGAAGGUAAUUGGUUGCACCCGAUCUUAUUUAGGGGCUUCAUAGCAAAGGGGGUGAAUACAUAUACACACACCACUUUUCCGUUAUUUAUUGUUUUCGAUUUUUUUUUUUUAAACAAGUUAUUUUUUUCCUGUUUCACCAAUUUUGAUUACGUUGUGUAUGUCCGUUACAUGAAAGCCAAAUAAAAAUCCAUUUUAAAUUACAGGUUGUAAUGCAACAACAUAGGAAAAACGCCAAGGGGGGGGUGAAUACUUUUGCACUGUAUAUGCGUGAACUUUUUCGACUGGGAAGCAUACGGUAAGCUUUAGGCUUUACAUCAUUGAGCACAGUGGCAGCUCAAACUGUUUUGCUCCUGAAUAUUGUGGAUACCUUUCCAAUAGAAAGAUGGAAUGCGACAGUGUAGUAUCUCAAUAGUGUAGGGUACGAUUCCAUCCCUAUAUAUCCCAUGAAGAGAAGCUACUAUUUAAUCAAUGCACUGUUCAUUGUUACUAUAGUAGUAACUGCAGCAAAGUUUUUCUAGCUAGCUAAAACUGAGACACAGUCCUCUCUAGUCUUGGAUUUCUUCCAAGGCUGCUGAUUGAAUACAAUGACAGACCAGUGUUUUUGUUUUGUUUUUCACACCUCUAGCACCAAUGGUACAGUGAUUAACAUGUCCAAGCUGGUGAAGAAGCAGAUUCAUAUGCUGCAGAAUGGAGACGUCAUCUACUUUGUAUACAGGAAAAACGAACCAGGGCAAAGUACGUUUUUUCCAAUAUUGAUUGGGGUGUUUCGCUCUGUCAUUUUUGUAGGGGUUUAUGCAUUUAUUGUUAGGGCAAAUUAAGUCUGAAAUUUUAAUGCAGAAAUUAAAAACGUUUAAAGCCUUUUUAAACCACCAAUACACUACAAGUUUGCAUUUUCUGCUGUGCAGGAAUUUUCUUGCAACAACAGGGUGAUCAAAUUUAAGAUCCAUCUGUAAAUGUAUAAAGAACCCUUUUGGGAGUAUUGUAGCUAAGCUGUAGAAAGAAUAUAACGUGUUCCUUAUUUUCUUCAGAAAGUGUGUAUAAAUGAGUAAUGCAUAGGGUUGCAAAGUGAGAGUAUGUAAAUAGUAACUUUCUAAGUUUACCCCUAAACUACUGGAAUUUUGAAAACUUUCUGGAUUUUAUGGAAUUUAUAUAACAUGUAAAAUAUAUAAAAUAAGAUCAUUUUAAUAUAACAAAUAGAAUGACACAAAGCAUUAUCCUAAAUAUAACCCAUCAACUUAGUGAAAACCGUUCGUGUUUAAUAUGAGGGUUUCAGCUUGAAAUAUCUUUUAUUUUUUUUACACACUUAUUUAUUUUACUAUGUCUUUGUUGUAAAUGUUUUGGUGCCAAACUGGUUGUGGAAAAAAUAUCAAUAGUUGGAAGACUUGCAGAGUUAAUUGAAAAUGAUGCCAUUGUUGAUUAGAUGCUUUUCUUUUGUUAAUUAGGCAAUUUUCUCUUUAACCAUAUGGAGUAUCCACUAGAAAGUCAUGGACAAUAUGAACACUUAUAUAAAGAUGAAAAAAAUGAAUAUUCUAUAUAAAUAAAUAUUUUUAAAAAAUUGUGAAGUUAUUCACACCAAAGUUACAAUAGAUUGCCAUAGACCAGGGCACCAGGUAGCCUAGCGGUUAAAGCGUUGGGCCAAUUACCGGUAGUUUUGCAACCCUAGUAGUGCAUAGUGCACGGCAUUGUUAAGCAUUGUCGAGGACUGUUAGCAAGUAAGCAUCUCACUGUACCAUGUGCACGUGACCAAUAAACGUUGAUUUGAUUUAGUGCAUACAGGUCUUUUAGGCCACUUGUUUUCCUGUGUACCUUCCAGUGCUGCCACUUGGUUAUAUAAUGCAUACUGUACACAGUGAACUUGCAUAAUGUGUGUAAACUGAGUUGGACAAGUUGGCCAAGAAUGACCUAUCAAAGGAAGAGUAAUAUUUUCCCUUUUUGGGGAUAUUUCAUAAAUUGUUCACAAACUUUUGCCUCAAUAAUAAUAAUAAUAAUUUGUGUGUCCCUUUUUUGGGAAAUGUGUCUUGCAUCUCACCAAACAACAACACAGCAUCACCAAUAGGUACAUAAAUGCAUACAUAAAUCACAAGCAAUAACUACAGCAGACAACACGUGGAUACAGUUCAUAAUUCAGUUAGGGUUGAGCAGUUAUUUAUUCAAUUGACUUAUACUGGUGGGAGUGAAAUGAUUUCUAGGCUCUGGCGGUUUUGUGAAGGGUUUUAUAAAGAUGGACUCUGUAUCGGCGGCCUGAAGGUAUGAGCUGGUACUCCUGCUGGUUGAGUGGGUGUGUCAGGUUGGUGGCAAUUUCGCUCCUGCCCACCACUCUCUCCAAGAACUGCACUUCCAUUUUCUUGAGAUUAACUCUGAUUUGCUUGACAGCUUUACUAUUUUGUGUAGUUGUUUUUUUAUUUGCAAUGAAUAUCUGAUUGUACCAGGCUUGGAAACAGAAAGUGAGAACACUUUGAACAAUUGAUGUGUAGAAUGUGGUUGAUAUACUUUUAUUGACCUGAUAUUUAUUGAAUAUCCUCAUGAAAUACUGUCGUUGUUGUAUAUCUGUUGUGUGUUUGCAGUCACGUGCUCAACUGAUUUUAUAUUUGUUCUGAGUCAAUAUGGAUGGGCCCGGUGUCGUCUUUUUAGUAGUUCUGAAGUUUCAUUUCCUUGUUUUGUUUUUUUCUCAUGAAGAAUGAGUCGUCUGUUUUUUCAAGUGAGUAAAGUAUAACAAUGGUGUGCAAUCUCUUGCUCCUAUAGACAUUGCCUACAUGUAUCAGACCAUAAAACCAGAGAGGACAUUCUCACAAGACACAAUUGGUAAGUAGAAAAUACCCAAAUCAAUGUGAUAUUUGACUGCUAACUCUUAAUUAGCUUGUUUGUUGCUUACCACCCUUUCUCACCAUGUCAGGUGGUGCCACCAGAUGCUCAGUAAUGCAGCAGAAAGCCCAGACCUUCCCUGUUACCGCAGCAGUGUGUGUGUCUGUGGAGCCAUUCCUUGUUGGACCUCCACGGGAGCAGCAGGCCUUGGAGGAACCCAAGCCCUCCACCUCCUCCCACCUCCUCCACACAGUCUCCUCCUCCACAGCCUGUUCCUCUGCAGCCUCCCUCCUGCACUCCUCUGCCUUAGGUAGGCUUUCCACCUGGCCUUCACUUGCUCUUUAUGGUGCUCAUUGAGGGGGGAGCAGGGACUGGGAAGUAAAUCUAUGUUUUGGUUAAUUGUGAAGCCUGCCGCCUUCCCCCUCAAAUUCUUGGACCAGUAUAGCAUGGUCUCCCCUUAAUUGUGCCAGCUUUGUUCACUCUCCCUUACCUCUUUAAAAAUCCCCAAAUUCAAGGACAGCUCUCAAAUAAAAUAAAAUUUUAUUUGUCACAUACACGUGUUUAGCAGAUGUUAUAGCGGGUGUAGCGAAAUGCUUGUGCUUCUAGCUCUGACAGUGCAGUAAUAUCUAACAAUUUCACAACAUAUACACACAAAACUAGUAAGGAAUGGGAUUUAAGAAUAUAUACAUAUAUGGACAAGCAAUGACAGAGCGGCAUGGACUAAGAUACAGUAGAAUAUUAUAGAAAUGAAUGCAGUAUAUACAUAUGAGAUGAGUAAUGCAAGAUAUGUAAACAUUAUUAAAGUGACUAGUGUUCCAUUUCUUAAAGUGGCCAGUGAUUUCAAUAGGCAGCAGCAGCCUCUAAUGUGCUAGUGAUGGCUAUUUAACAGUCUGAUGGCCUUGAGAUAGAAGCUGUUUUUCAUUCUCUCGGUCCCAGCUUUGAUGCACCUGUACUGACCUCGCCUUCUGGAUGAUAGCGGGGUGAACAGGCAGUGGCUCGGGUGGUUGAUGUCCUUGAUGAUCUUUUUGGCCUUCCUGUGACAUCGGGUGCUGUAUGUGUCAUGGAGGGCGGGUAGGUUGCCCCCGGUAAUGCGUUCGGCAGACCGCACCACCCUCUGGAGAGCCCUGCGGUUGUGGGUGGUGCAGUUGCCGUACCAGGUGGAGAUACAGCCCGACAGGAUGCUCUCAAUUGUGCAUCUGUAAAAGUUUGAGAGUUUUAGGUGCUAAGACGAAUUUCUUCAGUCUCCUGAGGUUGAAGAGGCUCUGUUGCGCCUUCUUCACCACACUGUUUGCGUGGGUGGACCAUUUCAGUUUGUCGCUGAUGUGUACGCCAAGGAACCUGAAGCUUUCCACCUUCUCCACUGCGGUCCCGUCGAUGAGGAUAGGGGGGUGCACCUCCUGUUUCCUGAAGUCCACGAUCAUCUCCUUUGUUUUGUUAAUGUUGAGUGAGAGGUUAUUUUCCUGGCACCACACUCCCAGAGCCCUCACCUCCUCCCUGUAGGCGGUCUCGUCAUUGUUGGUAAUCAAGCCUACGACUGUUGUGUCGUCUACAAACUUGAUGAUUUGAGUUGGAGGCGUGCUUGGCCACGCAGUCAUGGGUGAACAGGGAGUACAGGAGGGGGCUGAGCACGCACCCUUGUGGGGCCCCAGUGUUGAGGAUCAGCGAAGUGGAGAUGUUGUUUCAUACCUUCACCACCUGGGGGUGGCCCGUCAGGAAGUCCAGGACCCAGUUGCACAGGGCGGGGUUCAGACCCAGGGCCUCAAGCUUAAUGAUGAGCUUGGAGGGUACUAUGGUGUUGAAUGAUGAGCUAUAGUCAAUGAACAGCAUUCUUACAUGGGUAUUCCUCUUGUCCAGAUGGGAUAGGGCAGUGUGAUGGCGAUUGCAUCGUCUGUGGAUCUAUUGGGGUGGUAUGCAAAUUGGAGUGGGUCUAGGGUGACAGGUAAGGUAGAGGUGAUAUGAUCCUUGACUAGUCUCUCAAAGCACUUCAUGAUGACAGAGGUGAGUGCUACAGGGCGAUAGUCAUUUAGUUCAGUUACCUUUGCUUUCUUGGGUACAGGAACAAUGGUGGCCAUCUUGAAGCAUGUGGGAACAGCAGACUGGGAAAGGGAGGGAUUGAAUAUGUAAACAUAUUCCGUAAAACACCAGCCAGCUGGUCUGCGCAUGCUCUGAGGACGUGGCUAGGGAUGCCGUCUGGGACGGCAGCCUUGCGGGGAUUAACAUGCUUAAAUGUCUUAAUCACGUCGGCCAUGGAGAAGGAGAGGCCACAGUCCUUGGUAGUGGGCCUCGUCAGUGGCACUGUGUUAUCCUCAAAGCGGGUGAAGAAGGUGUUUACCUUGUCUGGAAGCGAGACGUCGGUGUCGGCGACGUGGCUGGUUUUCCUUUUGUAGUCUGUGAUUGUCUGUAGACCCUGCCACAUACGUCUCGUGUCUGAGCCGUUGAAUUGCGACUCCACUUUGUCUCUAUACUGAUGUUUUGCCAGUUUAAUUGCCUUGUGGAGUGAGUAGCUACACUGUUUGUAUUCUGCCAUAUUCCCAGUCACCUUGCCAUGGUUGAAUGCGGUGGUUCGCGCUGCCAUCUAUCCACGGUUUCUGGUUAUGGUAGGUUUUAAUAGUCACAGUGGGCACAACAUCACCUAUACACUUCCUGAUAAACUCAGUCACCAUUUCAGUGUAUUCGUUUUAAAUUAUUUCCUGAAGCUACCCAUAACAUAUCCCAGUCCGCGUGAUCAAAACAAUCUUGAAGCGUGGAUUCCGAUUGUUCAGACCAGCGUUGAAUAGUCCUUAGCACGGCUACUUCCUGUUUUAGUUUCUGCCUAUAGGAAGGGAGAAGCAAAAUUGAGUCGUGGUCAGAUUUGCCGAAAGGAGGGCGGGGGAGGGCCUUAAAACCAUCCCGGAAGUUUGAAUAGCAAUGGUCGAGGAUUUUAGCAGCGUGAGUGCAACAGUCGAUGUUGAUAGAACUUCGGCAGCCUAGUCCUCAAAUUUGCUUUGUUAAAAUCCCCGGCUACAAUAAAUGCAGCCUCAGGAUAUGUGGUUUCCAGUUUGCAUAAGAUCCAGUGAAGUUCUUUGUGGGCUGUCGUGGUAUCGGCUUGAGGGGGGAUAUACACGGCCUGACUAUAACCAAAUAAAAUUAUCUUGGGAGAUAAUACGGUCGGCAUUUGAUUGUGAGAUAUUCUAGGUCGGAUGAACAGAAGGACUCGAGUUCCUCUGUUACUACAAUUACACCAUGAGUUGUUAAUCAUGAAACACACACCUCCGCCCUUCUGCUUUCCGGAGAGCUAUUUAUUCCUGUCUGCGCGAUGAACUGAGAACCCAUCUGGCUGGACCGAUUCCGACAGAAUAUCCCAAGAGAGCCAUGUUUCCGUGAAACAGAGUAUGUUACAGGCCUUGAUGUCUCUCUGGAAGGAAAUCCUUGCCCGUAGUUCGUCGAGCUUGUUAACCAAAGACUGAACAUUAGCGAGUAGAAUACUUGGAAGCGGUGGGUGGUGUGCGCGCCUCCUAAGUCGAACCAGCAGGCCGCACCGAGUGCCUCUCCUCCGCCGGCGAUGUUUUGGGUCAGCCGCUGGAAUCAGUUCAGUUGCCCUGGAGAGAGCAAACAAAGGAUCUGCUUCGGGAAAGUCGUAUUCCUGGUCGUAAUGCUGGUGAGUUACCGCCGCUCUGAUCUCCAAUAGUUUUUCCCGGCUGUAUGUAAUGAUGCAAAACACUUACUGAGCUAAUAAUGUUUAAAAAAAAAAAAAAAUACUGCAAAGUUUCCUAAGAGCUAGUCGCGAGGCCGCCAUCUUCGUCUGGCGCCAGGUACCUACUACCCUCUGAUAUUAUGCCAGACUUUUAUGAUCAGACUUUUAUGAUCAGACUUUUAUGAUCACUACUACUUGUAAAUCUUCCCAUAUUCACAGACAGGCACAGAUAACUGAAUUUGCCCCAAUCUCAUGGGCUUUUGAUCAUUCUCUGUCUCAUGUUCUGAGGGUCCUAAAUGUUGUGCAUCCUCUCUCCCUUCUGCUGCUGAUGGCAAGGCUGGGCAGCACAACACUAACCUCUUCUGCUCAACAGACGCGCGACAGACUGAAGCCCAGAACAGAGUCACAAUGUUGUAUAAGGAGGAGGGGGACAUGGAGCCAGAGAGAAAGAGGAGGAAAACUGACAGUGCUGGUCAGUGCAUUGUGUCAUUACAUUGUGGGAUAUUGACACUUGGUUGGUGACACUUGAUUAUAACAGUGUUUCCCCCUUUCCCUUCCUAGAUAAGGACUAUGACUUUGGACUGCCACAUACCUCCAGUAUUGCGGUGGUCAGCCCCAGCCCAGCUAAGGCUUCUCUUAUCAGAGAUCUGUUGGGAAAAGCUGCUGUGACUGUGGAAGGAGCCAAGACUGACAAGAUGGAAGAGUCCCUCACCUGUGUCAUCUGUCAGGACCUACUUCAUGACUGUGUCAGGUACAGCAAGACUCUACCUACUGCUACUACAUUAGAAAAUAGGCCCACUCCUCUUGUUUCAUUGCUUGUGGCUCCUCGCAGUAGAUGAACAUGGCAAUGUUUCAAUAAAUAUAAUAUAUCAAGAGUCGUAAUAACAAAACACAUUUUAUAAUUCCUACUAAUUCUAAUUCCGUUCUAUAAGACCGAAAGCUGCCUCUACUGCGUGUUUCAUAGUUCAUGUGAUCAGCUCCCUGUGUGUCCCCCAUGCAGCCUGCAGCCCUGUAUGCACACCUUCUGUGCUGCGUGUUACUCUGACUGGAUGGAGCGUUCGUCUCUCUGCCCCACCUGCCGUUGCCCUGUAGAGAGGAUCCGCAAGAACCACAUCCUCAACAACCUGGUGGAGGCCUACCUUAUCCAACACCCAGGUUUGUAUCCAAUCUGCCCUACUCUACCCUUGUACCCCCAUAAACACUACUGGGGAUAGUGACCAGCUCUUCCCCAUGUUAAACUCGUUAUUUGUGUCUACGUCUUGUCUGUGUCUCCUUGUCUUUUGUGCCUUGCCCCAAAUAUCUACAGAUUUUAGGCUUUUCUUUGUAUCUCUUGUUGUGUGGAUGGACCCAAAUAAAUCAUGGAAAUGUUGACCCUGUGUCCACAGAAAAGUGUCGUAGUGAGGAGGACCUGAAGAGCAUGGACAGCCGGAACAAGAUAACUCGGGACAUGCUGCAGCCAAAGAUUGAGCGUUCCUUCUCUGAUGAAGAGGGCAGCUCCGAUUAUCUCUUUGAGCUCUCCGACAAUGACAGUGACACAUCCGAUAUUGGGUCAGACAUAAGAGUAGCUGUGUGUGACUGUGUGACCAUUUCUGUGACCGUAUGUGUGACCAAGAGUGUGUGGUAGGGCUGUGGCGGUCACGAAAUGUAGUCAGCCGGUGAUUGUCAAGUAAAUAACUGCCGGCCUCACAUUAAUUAACAUAAACACAUUUGGCAUCUCCUGGCUUCCACAUAUAGCCUACAAGCCACUGAUGCAGACCUUUGGAACAUCUACAUAAAAAAAAGGCUAAUAAAUCCAUGUAAUGUACAUUUACAUUUUUACAUUUACGUCAUUUAGCAGACGCUCUUAUCCAGAGCGACUUACAGUUAGUGCAUACAUUAUUCUUAUUUAUUUUCAUACUGGCCCCCCGUGGGAAUCGAACCCACAACCCUGGUGUUGCAAACACCAUGCUCUACCAACUGAGCUACCUCCCUGCCGGCCAUUCCCUACCCUGGACGACUUGUGCGCCGCCCCAUUGGUCUCCCGGUUGCGGCCGGCUACAGCAGAGCCUGGAUUCGAACCAGGAUCUCUAGUGGCACAGCUAGCACUGCGAUGCAGUGCCUUAGACCACUGCGCCACUCGGGAGACAUGUAGCCUACACCUUCACAAUAAAUCAAUUUGCAUUGAUGUCAGAGUGAUUAGAGGGACAAUAGUGCUGAGUACUAGGCAGUUAGCAAGUUUGGUAGGCUACUAAUGACCAUCAGCAGCAUCAGAGCUUGGAGAAGUCUAAUUACCGUGACUCAACGUUCACGUGGAAUUUGACUGCCUUCAUGACUCGUGACUGCCAGUGUGGCGGUAAUAUGGUCACUGCAACAACCCUAGUGUGUGGUUUGUUUUUCUCCCUAUUAAACAUUCUUCCUGUUGUUGUGUGUCCACAGCCAGCCCUUUGUGAUGUGCAGACAGUGUCCAGGCUACAGGAAGGAGGUCUGCCAAGUUCUGUGGGCCACAGGACCAGCUCCUCUAGGACCAGCACCACCAACCCCUGAGGAUAGGGCAGGGAUACCCCCUGGGGCCGGGGCAUUAUCAACAUGCUCUGAUGUCCCCACUACAGGUAUUGAACUAUGUGCCCAUCUGUUGCUCAUGGUAACGGAUUACAUUUAUGUAAUGCUUUUAUAUCUGAUAUGUAAGCGUUCUAUGUUGUGUUGGUUGAUUAGGGAGUUAUGACAACACAAUGUAGUGCACUUACAGAUCAAAUUAACUAUCAAUAUGUUGCACUCACCUGGACAAUGAAAGAGAAUGCUUGUAGCGCUAUUUUGACCAUCUGCAGAUUCUGUAAGGAUAGUACAGUGUGCAGCCUUCAGGACCUUGACCCAGAGGACAUGUCUCUCUGUGUCCUGUCCUCCACCUGCAGCUCCUCAGGAUUACACCUGUCCUCCUCUGGGCAGCCAUGUAAUCUGCACAUGCUGCCUGCAGCCCAUGCCAGACCGCCGCGCCGAGCUCAUUGGCCAGCAUCUCUCUGCUCAGCAAUGUGAGUGGCCCGCAGGCCUGUCAGUCAAUGUUAAUGUCCCAAUGGCAAGGCUGCUUUGGCUGAAUGUGCUGAUGGGUGUGGUUCUUUGUGUUGGCCAGGUGUGGCGUGCCUGCGGCCCUUCUGCCACAUGUACUGGGGCUGCCAGAGGAUCGGCUGUCAAGGCUGCCUAGCACGUUUCAGUGGUGCGUCUCUGCUCUAGUACUCCUAGAUUUACUAAGCACUUCCACUGUUUCAAAGUUUGUCACUAAUAUUUUCAACGGUAACUAAAGCAUUCAAGGUUGAACAAAAAGGUAAUUUAAGGUUAGAAGAAUUGGUAUCAAGUUGUAGUACUUGAUCGCAAAUAAGGUUUGACCAUAUUGACCUUAGUAGAUAAACAGGUAGAAACUUCGCACUGGGCUGAUUUGAUGCUUAGUUAAACAGUGCUUUUGAGGGAUUCCUGAGGUAACACUAUCAUUGCGGUUAGUUUAUUGACAAUAGUGGUGGAAAUGUACCAAGAUAUUGCCUGUAUCGUCCCUAUGUCUUACACAUAAUAUAACAUGUUUACCAGUAUGAGAAAUAUAAUAUACAUGUCUUCGUCCACAGAACUCAACCUUACAGACAAAUGCCUGGAUGGUGUUCUGAACAGCAAUAACUAUGAAUCAGAGAUCCUCCAGGUACUUCUACUGUUUUAGUCCAUGAAUAGUCUUAAUCUGUGUCUGGGAAUUGGGAAACCGGCUCCUGGUUACAUAACCCAGUUUAAGUGAAUGUAUUUCCUUUGCAUUUGUUUAUCUUCUCUACUACAGUGAUCACUAACGUCUAAUAUAUAACCUGUCAUCCUUCCUCCUUUAUAGAGUUACUUGUCAGCCAGGGGGAUGUCGUGGAGGGACAUGCUACAGGAGGGUCUUCAGGGCCUGCAACAGGGAACCUUCUAUCUGUCUGGUCAGUCUGACACUAUCCUCUUCACCUCACAUAAAACUUGAGAUUGAAGCAUUCCAGGUUGUCUUUUUUGCAGUUGCACAUCUCAGAAAAGUUCUACGUCAUAUAAAUGUGCUUCCUGAGACACCAUUUCCCGGUCUUUUAUCGCCAUAUCUCGUAACUGCAAAAACGAUGAGCUGUAACCACCUUUAAGCUGCCAAUCUUGAACAUGGUUCUCAGUCCUACUGACAGUGCAGAGCGUCCUUCCAACUCACUUUGGGACACACUAGUAACUCUCUUUCUCUCCACUUUUUGUAUCCCAGAUUAUCGCAUCAACAGUAACGCCAUA